AUGUCGUCUAUGCGAAAUGCCGUCGCCAGGCGACCUCACCGUGAGAGAGCUCAACCAUUAGAGCGUCGUCGUCUCGGUCUUCUCGAGAAACACAAGGACUACUCCCUUCGAGCCAAAGACUUCAACAAGAAGAAAGCCACCCUCAAAAACCUCCGCGACAAGGCCUCCGAGCGAAACGAAGAUGAAUUCUACUUUGGCAUGAUGUCCCGCAAGGGACCAGGCUCCAAACUCAAAGAUGGAAAGUCAUGGUCCGGAAAGGUGCAAGGCGAUCGAGGAAACAAGGUCAUGGAUGUCGAAACAGUGCGACUCCUCAAGACACAAGAUCUCGGAUACGUUCGAACGAUGCGACAGGUUGUUGCAAAGGAAGUUGCCAAGUUGGAGGAGCAGGUAGUCCUCACCCGAGGAUUCGACAAGCUUGACGAAGACGAAGACCAAGACCAAGACAGCGAUUCGGAAUUCGACUUUGCCACCGCACCUAAAGCGCCUAGAAAGAUUGUCUUUGCAGAUGAUGAAGAGCAACGCGAACAAACAUUACAAGACCACCUAGACUUGGAAGACGAGGAGGAAAAAGAAGAGAAGAAGGAGGGAGACGAAGAAUUUGAGCGCGCCAAGGCUCUACGCCGUCUUCGCCGCCAACUCGAAAAUGCCCGUAAGAAACUCAAAGUCCUCACAGACGCCGAAGGAGAACUCGAGAUCCAAAAGGCAAAAAUGGCAAAGACGGCUACAUCGGGAGGAACCACACGUAAAGGAAAGAAGAUUAUGGUGCGGACAAGAAAGCGAUAA